AUGACUGCUAGAAAGCACCAUAUCCACCCCAACCCUAACCAGAUCCUCAAGGACCCCAAGCACUGCCGACUCACCAAAUUCGGCUACGUAGAUCCUCCAAAGUCGCACAAUAGUCCACACCCCCCGCUCCUACAGGCUACGGUAGGCUAUACCAUCACCUUACUGCGUACUCUCACCCGCCAGAGCCCGGGCGCCAAGGCCACCUCCCCGUGGGGUAGCUGCAUGCCUAUUCGCUCCCGGGGUUCCGGUAGUACUUGGGCGUCAGCAACUCCCUGGUACUACCACAACUGCUCCUUACAGUUAGAUAGGCUAGUUCCCUGGAAUACCAGGCUCUCAGCCUCACCGUUCCGUCCUUGUGAGACGUCCAGUGUGGCCGUGAGGUGCGGUUCCAUGGUUACUGAUUUCGAUCCUGGUCGGGAGGGCAAGAGGGGAGGAUUCUCUAUCUGA